GCAAGCACACGUGUGUAGGUGCCCUCUCUCUCCCUGCAUUCAUUUUCCUACCGAAAAUCCGCGCUGCUGGACAACCAGAUUUGAAAAAAAACAUCGUCAUUAAGUGUUCGUUGAAGUGUCGGAUUGGACUAGCGUAUUGUGAAGCUGUUGGGGAAGCUGUUUUAGGUGGUAUUGGCUAGGAAGGCUUGGAUUCAGCUCCUACAGAUACAACAAGCAACGCACAAUAAUCAGAGAUGGCCGACAAAAACGAUUACGCCGCAGUCAAAGAUGGUACACCGCAGGCAAGCGCCGACAAGACCGAAGCCGGCGGUGAUCAUGGAGAGGACACGAUUAAUUUGAAACCCAAAAUAACACUGAUUAAUGGUGUUACCGUAAUCGUUGGUAGUAUCAUAGGAUCUGGUAUUUUCGUCAGCCCCACGGGCGUUUUGAAAGAUUCUGGCAGUGUGGGACUGUCCCUUAUAAUUUGGGUUUUGUGUGGACUGUAUUCGAUGAUCGGCGCGUACUGUUAUGCCGAAUUAGGAACGGCUAUUGUACGAUCUGGAGCUGAUUAUGCUUAUAUCUACGAAGCUUUCGGGCCGUUCCUGGCCUUUCUUCGCCUGUGGGUGGAAUGUAUGAUCGUUCGGCCCUGUUCUCAAGCCAUUGUAGCCCUCACGUUUGCGUACUACGUGAUCGAGCCGCUUUUCCCGGGAUGUGAACAGCCAGACAUCGCUGUGAGGCUACUUGCUGCAGUCUGCAUACUGAUCCUGACAUUUGUGAACUGUGCUGACGUGAAGUGGGCCACAAGGAUUCAGGACAUCUUCACCUUCGCCAAGGUCGCGGCUCUCAUCUUGAUCAUAAUCACAGGCUUCGUCCAGCUUGGAAAAGGUGAGACAGAACAUUUCCAGAAUGCGUUUGAAGACACGACCACUGAUAUUAGUCGAGCAGCUCUGGCAUUUUACUCAGGGUUAUUUGCCUAUAAUGGAUGGAAUUACCUGAACUUUGUCAUUGAAGAGUUGCAGAACCCUUACAAGAACUUGCCAAAGGCCAUCUGGAUCUCCAUCAUCAUGGUGACUGUGAUUUACACCUUGGCUAACGUGGCCUACUUUACUACCGUCAGCCCAACAGAGAUCAUUAAUUCUCCUGCUGUUGCUGUGACUUUCGCUGUCCGUCUCUACGGAGUCAUGUGGUGGAUUAUGCCUGUCUUUGUGGCACUCUCCACUUUUGGAGGUGUGAAUGGCAUCCUCUUUACCACUUCAAGGUUGUUCUAUGUGGGAGCCCGUGAGGGUCACAUGCCUCAGAUUCUCAGUAUGAUCUCUGUGCAGCGGCUCACUCCCAUGCCUGCCGUCAUCUUCAUUGGUUUCUUGUCCCUGCUGUACUUAGCCUCCUCAGAUAUUUAUCUCCUCAUCAACUAUGUGAGCUUUGUAAACUGGCUGGCCAUUGGUCUGUCUGUCGUCUCUCUCCUGUAUUUCCGUUAUACGAGACCCCAUAUGGAUCGUCCAAUCAGGGUGGCGCUAGUGUGGCCGAUCAUUUACGUUAUGGUCACCUUAUUCCUCAUUAUCCUGCCUAUUUACUCCACCCCUGUGGAAACUGGAUUGGGCUGUGCCAUCAUUGCCAGCGGGAUACCGGUAUACAUCAUAUUUGUACUAUGGAAAAAGAAGCCCAAGAGUAUCAUGAAUUUUACUGACAAUAUGACAGUUUUGAUGCAGAAAGCCAUGAUGUGUGUGCCAGAGGAAAAGAAAACAGUGUAGGCAAAAAGAAUGUGAGAACUGGGUAUCAAGUUUGGUCCCUGAAGUGACUGACUACUCAUUUAAGAAAUGCAUCUCGGAUCUUGUAACUUCUUUUCACUGACGGAGCGCUUCAUCAGUCUUGUUUGAGAAAACCAACAAACUUGUGGUGAGAAAUCAGCCUCUAACACAGAAGCUCCAAGACCUGGACACAAAGGGAGAUAACUACAAGCUGCCAUUUCCCAUGCCCUGCACAUGGAAGAUUACCUUUGAGUAAGCUUUCGUCUUGUCUGUGACGUCGUUGUCACGAACAGCUGUGUGCUCUGCGUUGGAAACAAAAACAGAGGAUUUCUCGCUGGCUGCCAUUGAAUAGAUUAUUUUAUUUGAUUUUAUUUUUUAGAAACUUAGCAGAGUCUAGGACUCCUUCUGUACAUAUUUCAUGUCUUGGGGAUCUAAAUAGUUAGUCACAGAUUGUUCUGCGUUUACUGAUGCCGGUGGACUUCAUUAAGAAAUCUCACAUAAAUUAUGUUUAGAGUUUCCUGAACAUUUUUUUAGAAAAUGUUUUUAGGUUUUAGGAGGAAAAUUUUUAAUGCCCUGGUAUACCAUGACAUUUGCCACUCAGACAUUAUUGACUUGCCAUUUGCAAUGCUUAUUAGUAUCUCAAAUCCAGCGUAUAGCAAGUUUUAAAUUUGUUGACUAGCUUUAACUAAUGAUGCCAGUAAUUACAUCUUUUUUAUCCUUGUCACAGUGAGAUGUUAAAGGAAUAUUGUUGCGAUUAUUAUGAUGAUUGAUAGUGGCAUGAUAGCGGCAUGAACAGAUCUGUAUGUUCACAAUGCUGUUUUCCACAAUAUAUGGCAUUUAAUUUUUUAACAACACCGUUUGUUUCUGGAAGAUUGUUUAGAUCUGUUUCAUAAUUAUUGUCCAGAUUCUCAGGGUUUUCAGAUUUAGAGUAAUUGACUGAAAAUCAGUUAUUGGUUUCUGUUGGAGUAUAAUGUGUGUUUGAUUUAAUACUGAUUAAUAAUCUUUAGUGAUUUCCCCAUCUAUUAUUAUUGUCACUGUCACAACUCAGUCAAUGUUUGUAAGAAAUUUUAGAAUGAUGUUCUAACUUCAGAUAGUUGAAUGUUUGACAGAUGACAAAUAUACAAUAAUUGUCGUGAAAAUCUGAACAUGACCAAGGCACUCAUUUUAACUUGCUGGAAAAAAGCAAGUUUUGACACCAAAAGUAACAUUUUAUGGUCUUUGUUUGCUGCUAAAAAUGAAUUCUCACAAGUAAAUUUUUAAGGCAAAAUUCUUUCUUCAUUCCACAUCAGACACGUCACGAAAGUGUCCCUGUUUGAAGAAGAUUCCAGUUGAUCCGCCACCACCCUCAACAACUCCCCCAUCCUCAUAUCUUAACCCCUCCUCCCCGGCCUUUUCCAGUCUUCACCCCCACCACCCUCAACAACUCACCCAUCCUCAUACCUUAACCCCACUCCCCGGCCUUUUCCAGUCUUCCCCUCAAUCACCUCCUCGCCCCCACCCCUUCCUCCCCGCCUGCACCCCCUCUUCCCCACCCGCACUCCACCAUUUGUGAGUAAUCAGUGACCAGAUUUCACUGCUACAUCUACAUGGGUAUAUAUAGAUCUACUCUCUAGAAUAAGCCAUAAGUGUAGUAUUCCAUCAUUUAUUUUUUAUUUAUUGAAAUGGUAUGUGGCUUUACCUGGGUAUUUUGGGUGUUCUGUUCCCAUAAACCAGGGACUAAAAAAUGGGGAAUGUAAAGUGGCAAUAUCAGAAAUGUGGAACAUAAAGCUAAGAAUGUUAGAAAUGCGGAACAUGAACCUGGACAGUGAAAAAAUGUGAAACAUGAACCUGAAACGGUGAAAAAUAUGAAAUAUGAACAUGGAACUGUGAAAAUCUGAAACAUGAACCUGAAACUGUGAAAAAUGUGAAACGUGAGCCUGGAACUGUGAAAAAUGUAGAACACGGACCAGGGACUGAAAAGUGUGAAACAUGAACCAGGGCCUGAAAAAUGAGAAGUAUUUACUGGGGACUGAAAAUUGUGUUCCUUGAAUCUGGAACUGGGAUAAAUGUAGAAAAUCAGCCCCAUUUCCUCACUGCUAUUGCAUGUGAACAUUUUAUUUCUUGCUUUGGUCAGUGGUUCAUUUUGUCUUUCAGGAAUGUUUCACUGCCAACACAGUUUUUAUAUGGCUGAGAUUUUUCUACAAAAGGAUCUCCAUAUAGGUUUCAUGUAACAAAUUUUGAAGAAAUUUGUUUUGAGGUUUGAGGAGUUUGUAUGGGAUUAGGGUUCUGUUAUGGUACAUUGGGAGUCAAAGUGUAAUUUUUAUCAACAUGUACAUUUAUGUCAAAAGCAAACAUGACAAAAAAUCAGCCCUGAAAUUUUAUGACAGUUUUGCAUUUACUAAUGGGAUGUUUUUUGUGUAUUUUUUGUGGCAUUUCAUGUACUUUGUGUGUGUGUUUAUGGGUUUUUUUGUUUGUUUUUUUGUUGUGUAAAAAUCUAGGAUAGGAUGCUAUUUUUAAGGUUAUUUUUCAAAUUCUUAAAUCUGUUGCAUUUACAGUAGUGAAAACAAAUGUGUGUAUGUAUAUGACUGAAGAAGGUUAUUUUUCUUCUGAAAGCAUUGUCAAGUGUACAUACAAUCUUAAAACAUCUUAAAAGAAUAUAAAAAAAAUUUUUUUUUUUUUUUGCUAACCUGCGAGUUGAUUGCGGGAAAUGAAUUCACAAGCCAUAAAUUCUGGAACUGUACCUGCAGGACAUGAUUAAGGGCAUUUGCGCUUUUAGCGGAUUUGAUGAAUGAUUAUGGCGUAAUGGAACUUGGGAAAUAUGGCAGCCACAUCGUGGUGAGGUAAAUGAUUGAAGGUGAAUUCCAAGAGUUAUUAAAAUCAUUUAUUCCUGGAUAAAGUUUGUGUUUUUGGCAUUAAAUUCAUUUAUUCCUGGCUAAAGUUUGUGUUUUUAGCAUUAAAUUCAUUUAUUCCUGGGUUAAGUUUGUGUUUUUAUCAGCUUUAUGUUUGGGCCUAAUGCACACACAUAGGGUACUUACAGUGUAGCACACUUGAUCCUCAUGAUGGGCCCUAACUCCCCAACUUUCAGUGCAAUUUAUGCACACUUUUAAUGUGAUUUUGAAGUCAAAACUACAUUGGUUGUAUUGACCAAUUUCAGGGCUUCACAAAAAUUUAAUCAGUUUACACAGAAAAAUGCCCUCAGAAUAUGCCUGAAUAAACACCUUGUGACACGGUUGAAGAAAUACAUUAAGUGCAACAUUCUUGAGUAUAGGAUUUAAAACCAGAUACACAGAUAUAAAUCUCAACACGUAGAUAACCUGACAACCAGAUAUGGUAAGUCUGUGUUUCACGUUAUUAUAAAGGGAUGUAGAAUCCAUGCCAUUUGGCUGACAGCAGAGAGAGUUUCCUUGAUUAUACCCUGCAACCUUGGUCACGCUUGAAUAAAUCUGCCGUCCCUAUAAUUCAGCUUAGGCUGGACUUGCCUAUCUCUCACACCCACAAAUCAGAAUUGAUUUUGGUAUGAUUUUGUAAAAUUGAAAUGAUUGAACUUUUUUGAUUUAGCAAUGUCUGAUAUGCUGGGGUUUUUUUUGGACGUGAUUUUUUUUUUUCCUGAUUUGAUUUGUUUGUGUAAAAUUCGCAAAAUUUUAUAAUUUCUAGAAAAAAUUGUGCCAUCAAGUGUAGUUAUAUGUAAUGCCUGUUUGCUCCAGAUACGUAUAUAUUGCCAUAUCCAUGAACCCUUCAUGGUGAUAGUAGUUGUGAAAAUUCAGUGAAAUGUUGUUACUGUGUUCAAAUAUUGAUCAGAAUUAAAUAAUAAAUAAAUAAACAAAGAAAUGAAAUUUUUAAAAUGUCCUUGAAGUAAGUAGAUGGACUGUGCCAGUGUUAAUAAAGUGAAUAAAGACAACACAAGUGGUUCCUGGCAGUGGCAGAACUUGCCUUUGAGCAGGAGUGUAAUGUACAUAUAGCAAGGUACGUAGCAGUGCACUAUGUAGUGGUGGGAAUGUAUAGAUUUAUUAGAAUUCAACAAGAAAAAUAAAAAUUAAGU